UUUUCCCUCAAUUUUCUUCACCCAAUUCAGUUAUAAACUGUAUUGAAAUAUUGAAGGUGUAUGAUCAUUUGGUAGCUAACCUCUCAGUAUACAUUCCGACUGUGAUUCUUUGAUUCUGCAUGCGACAAGUUGGGCAGUUAGAGAGAGAAAGCUGGUUUUUGGUAGUCAAGGAAAAGAGAGAGAUCUUGAUCGUGCGGCGGAGGAUGGAGGGUUCUGACGGCAGCGGGUCUCAUAAGAAGAGCAACCUCGACUCUUCGAAGAGGAAGAAAGAGGCUCAGCCAAUCGAAGACGACGACAGCACGACUAGCAAGGAUAAUGCCGCAUCCAAAUUGCAGGGAGAGUGCGGCCCUUCCGUUGAGAGCCCUAAGAAGCGUCGCAAAUCCAUGGAUGGACAAGCGUCUGCUUCUCAGCCUGAAGAUAUGAACAAUGCCGAUGAUGAAAAAGAUGCCUGUUCAGAUGAUGAGUCGUCUGAAUCUGAUGAUGAAUCGAGCGACGAGUCUGAAUCUGAUGAGGACUCCAGCGACGAGUCGUCUGAAUCUGAUGAUGACUCCAGCGACGAGUCGUAUGAAUCUGAUGAUGACUCCAGCGACGAGUCGUCUGAAUCUGAUGAUGACUCCAGCGACGAGUCUGAAUCUGAUGUUGAAGAGGCUGAAUCUGAUGGCGAUGAGGCUAAGGAGGAGAUGAAUUCUUAUGAGUCUAUUGAUAUAGUGAACUGUUCAUCUGAAGAAGAUACUGCUGUAACAGAAGUGAUGGAUGAUUGCUUUAUGAAUGAAGCGUCUGGUUCUCAGCCUGCAGGCAAUGAAGAUGAAGAUGGUGGUGGAGAAGAAGAAGAGUCCAACGCUUGUGCAGAAGAUGAUACAGAUCAUAAUGAUGAUGAUGAUAAGGAGGAGGAGGAGAAGAAGAAUUCUGAUGAUGAUAAUAAGGAGGAGGAGGAGAAGAAUUCUGAUGAUGAUAAUGGUGAUGAUGGCAAGGAGGAGAAGAAGAAUUCUGAUGAUGAUGAUGAUGAUAAAGAGGAGAAGAAUUCUGGUGAAGAUGAGCAUAAGACUUCCGAUGAAUCCAGCGAUGUCACGUCUGGAUCUGAUGAUGAUCAUGGCUCCAACGAUGAUGAUAAGGAGGUGAAGAAGAAUUCCAAUGAAGAUGAUGAUAAGGAGGAUAAGAAGAAUUCUGACGAUGAUAAGGAGGAUAAGAAGAAUUCUGAUGAAGAUAAGGAGGAUAAGAAGAAGAAUUGUGAUGAUGAAUCGUCGGACUCUGAAGAAGAUGAAAUGGAGAUGUGGAUGGCCAGAAAUACAUACAGACUGAAACGACUCUUUACCUAUAGCAAUGUUAAGAGCAUUGCUGGAGAAGAAGGUAAGGGGGUGGGGACGACGUCGUUGUCCAACGCUGAUGAAGAUGAUAUGGUAACAUGGAUGGCCAGACUGAAACCAUUCCUCAGCAGUAGCUAUGGAAUGAGGGCACCCCAGCAAGUAGCCACCACUGCCACCGGAGGAGAAGAAGAUAAGGAGGUGGAGACGACGUCGUCUGACCAUGAAGAUGAUGAUGAUCAGGAGAAGGCGACAUCUGAUGAUAAGAAACAAGGCUGAAGGAAACUGAUAGCCUAACUUUACAUGUCACUUUUGCUAUGCUGAAUGUUGGUUCACCAAACUCAUGAUUUCUCUAGUUUUAUGAUACUCAC